AUGCCUCCAAAGUUGAGAUCUGAGAAGAGAAUGAGGAAGCUCCUCAUAGAGCAAAUCAAAACUCGUAAAGUCUUGGGAGCUAGAAUUGCAGAUGGAUUUAAACAACCACAAGAUUUAAUAAAUUUAAAUUUAGCUCCUCAAGUAUUUUUAUUUAAGAAUUUAUUUAGUGGUCAAGUAUUAUAUUCUCAAGUUCCAGCAUAUCAUCAAAAUCAAAUUGAUGAACAAUUCAUAAGACCAAAUUGGCAAAAUAGAAAACCAGCUAGAAGAAAUGAUUUAUGGAGAAUAAUGUGUGUAGCUACGUUUGAUAAUUAUGAAUAUGCUACGGCAGCUUAUAAAGGAUUAGUUCAAUUAAGAAAAACAAGAGAUAUUAUUCAAAAGGAUGAAGCUCAAGCUUUAAGACGAAAGAAUGAUGAAGGUAAUAUUUGGUAUCAUGGACAAUAUAGACCAACUUAUUCCCAAGAAGCUGUUGCUGAUUUAUCUCAUGUUAUAGAAGAAUUUGAAUUAGAAAAUACCACCUUAAGUUGGGAAAAUGAUUAUAGAAGAGGUGAAGAUAAAUAUUGGAGAGCCGAUCUUGUUGAACAUGAAACUCUUCCUGCAUUCAAUCCAAAAACUCAAACUGUAUUAUUAGAUGAAUUAAGGGCGAAAGCUCUUGAAGCUUUUGCUGUGGAAAGGGAACAAUCACAAGCUCAAGCCCAAGAUGUGGAAGAAAAUGCUUCAGUGAUAGCUUAA